AUGUUGACUUCCCUGAGGCAACUCGCAUCGAAAAGAUCGAGUCUUUAUUUGGCUUCAGCGAGAAGAUCGGUGAAAACCUCUACUGUUGAUUGGAAACCUCUCAAAAGCACAAAGACACCAAAUGAAAGCUCCAACAAGAAAGGCUUCACAAGCAAGAUAUUUCUAGGAUUAAUGAUAGCGAUGCCUGUUGUUUCUUUUUACCUGGGAACUUGGCAGAUGCGCAGACUCAAGUGGAAGACCAAUCUCAUUGCUGUAUGUGAAGAUAGAUUGACAUAUCCUCCUGUUCCCUUGCCAAAACAUUUCACACCUGACAUGGCCGAGAAUUGGGAGUAUCGUAAGGUUACCUUGACAGGGGAAUUCAAGCAUGAUGAGGAACUAUUUGUGGGACCAAGGGUUAGAAAUGGGAUCAAGGGGUAUCUUCUUUUCACCCCAUUUGUAAGAAAGGACACCGGUGAGAAACUGUUAAUCGAGAGAGGGUGGGUCAGUGAGGAUAACGUUGUACCUACCAAGAGGCAUUUAAUGCAUUUAUCUGUACCUCAAGGUAAUAAUGUUAAAAUUGAGUGCCUCGUUCGCGUUGCCAAGAAAAAAGGUACAUUCCAAUGGGAAAAAGAAGAUAAAGAUAGUCGCCUCUGGCAAAUUAUUGACAUCGAUGAAAUGUGUGCAGCAACUGGGUGUACACCCAUUCACAUUCAGGCGCUGUAUGAUUUAAAGGAUCAUCAUUGGGCAACUGAAUCAACAAAUCAAGAAAGUGGUACCCCUACAAAUUCUUGGACAUUCUGGAGAAAGAAAGACAAAGAAAAGGGUCAGACAAAAUUCCUUGACAAUGAUAGCAAUGUCGAGUUCAAUGAGUAUCAACUAGUCAAAGCUGGAGUUCCGAUAGGAAAAACUCCUAAAAUUGAUUUAAAGAAUAAUCACUUACAGUAUCUAGUCACUUGGUAUGGUCUUUCAUUUCUCAGCAGUAUAUUUUUGGUGAUUGCGUUAAAGCGUAAUCGGAGCGGUGCCGUAUCGCAAUCACAACUCAAGCGUGACAAACUCAGACAUGCUAAGAAGUUCAUGUAA